CUGUGCUUAGUAACCCCAUGUAUAUUCUACUAUCUGGGACUCAGCACACACCUGGACGACAUGUUUGCCUGGCACCUCGAGGGAGAUAUCGUCUUUCCGUAGCUUUAUUUUGGCCUCACUUGGAUUAUAUCGACUCUUCUUUGGCUUCUCUCAUCUCACUUUUCUUGUUCUUAUCUUUACACUUUGGUGAAUUUUCCUGUCCGGAUCUUUAUUUUCCUGUAAAAAAGGAAGUUCAACUGGCAUAACUGCUGGAUUCCAAAGAACCAAACAACUGCUCAUACGCAGAAAAAAUGAAGGUUGCAAUGCAACUCAAACGGCGUGAUAGGCAAAGCCAAAUAUCUGCUCAUAGAAGGGAAGCGAUGUUGCUAUCUCGCCGUAUAAGAAGACAAGAUUCUGCAAAUCACAGCCUUCUUCAAAGUCCGACUGUUGCUGUCCCAGAGCAUUGGAACAAAGCAGGAUUUCUGAAACAAACUGCUCUUACCAUACUAGAGCCUCCUUCCCUUGCGGAAAAAAGCUGCCGACCAUGAAGUUUGCGCGACUACAUCGCGGGAUAAUUUAGAAAAAGGAAAGAGUAUAUUGGAUCUCUCAGGUUAGAUGUCUUAUCUUUCGGUAAUAUUGGAUAUGAUAUUUCUGGAUCAACUUAAGUGCUCUGCAUCCAUCGUUUUUCAGUGCUUUAUAGAAGUGCUUCAUUCUGUUCAAGGGCAAGAUAGAUAAGGCACUUUACAAGGCAGACGUUGUGUCCAAGAUUAAUGGCUAAAGAUCUGCCAGCCAUCAAGCAUGUAUGACUACAUCACUUGGUAAUUUAGACAAAGGAAAUGGUAUAUUGGAUCCCCCUAUCAUUCGUGAAACGGGUAAACCUACAUUUAGAUUAUACUCUUUUCAGAAUGACAUAUUGUUUAUACAUUACUGUAAACUGUGGCUAUUUGUAUAUAAGGGUCCACAUCAGGCACAUCUAACCCAUGUCAUGUUACGUUCAAUGCUGUUCCAAUCAAAGGUUUGCACAAACUUUGUCUUACAAUAAUAUCCACCAUACAUAUGUCUUGGUACUCCUUUUUCCCUAAUGAUACUUCUUACAUAUUCAGCUCAUAGGCGGGCCAAAAAGGUGUGUCUGGUCUCUAAAGAGCAACGAAGUGAGUAUGUUGCUCUAAAAAAGGUCCCGAACUGCCAAUACUGUCGUCCAAAGAAGUUUGAAUAUGAACCUCCAGGAUUUUAUUGUAAAAGUGGUUCAAUAAGGUUAACAUGUCAUAAAAUGCCAACUGAAUUAUUAGAGUUAUACUUUGGAAAUACUGAAGAAUCUGAAAACUUUCGAACUUAUAUUAGAACGUACAAUAACAUGUUUGCAUUUACUUCACAUGGUGUAAAGUAUGAUAAAGAUCUAGUGAGAAGAAACAGUGGUAUCUACACAUUUAGAGUCUAGGGACAAAUGUAUCAUUUUAUAGAUGAUUUAGUUCCUUCCAAUGAAAAACCUAGGAAUUUACAGUUGUACUUCUACGAAUGAUAAUGAACUAGCCAAUAGGAUGGCCUGUUCGACAAGAAUUAAUGAGGCAAUAGUGAAAACGUUGGACAUAUUGAAAGUAAAUCCAUAUACUAUUUACCUAAAAUCUCUCUUAAAUGUUCCCCAAUUAUCUGAUUUUUAUAAUGCUCUUAAAUAUCACUCAACCUUAGAUCAACGAACAUAUAACUUACCCAACACAUCAGAGAUUGCCGCAUUAUGGCUUGAAGAAAAUCCUAGAGAUACAUCUGCACCACAUAUUUGAAUUUAUACCCACAGUAAUAGAGCUCGGUUAGUACAUUAUUAUUGUGGAUGUUACGAUCUGUUACCGUAUUCAUUAUUAUUGCCCUUCGGUGAAAAUGGAUGGCAUUGUGGAAUCAAAAGAAUUAUUCAGACAAAUAAUGUGACGAAACGUAGAGCUUAUUGUGAAGAUGAACAGUUGCCCAGUAUAUCAAAUAUGUGUCCAGUUGAUGGAUUUCUUGAUAUGGAAGAUGAAUCACUACAAAAAGGAAAACGAAAAAGAGAUACAGUGUCUUGUCGAGAAUAUUAUUGUUACAAAUUUCAACUAAGAGAUAAUGAAACAAAUGAAGUGCUACAUUGUGGGAGAAUAUUCCAACAAUUUAUAGUAGACAUAUAUAUAAAGCUUGAAACUCAAAGAUUAGACUUCUUCUCAUUUAAUCCAGACUUAUUUAGAAUUGAAGUCUUGCAAGGACUCAUUGAUAUUUUAAGAUGUGGUGAAAGGGAAGCCUUUAAAAUUGGAAAGAAAACGUUCCUCCCUGUUACAUUUAUAGGGGGACCAAGGGACAUGCGCCGACGAUACAUGGAUGCUAUCGCAUUGGUACAAUAUUUUGGAAAACUUGUUUUAUUUAUAACAAUUUAUAACAAUGACAUGUAAUCCUUCUUGGCUAGAAAUGAAAGAGCAUUUAUCGCUAGCUGAUGAGGUACAAAACAUACCUGAUUUAGUUAGUAGAGUUUUCAGAGCAAAGGUAGAAGAAUUAAAGACGGAUAUAUUAAGAAGACAAAUCUUUGGAAGAGUUGCAUGAUUCAUGUAUACUAUAGAAUUCCAAAAACGUGGUCUUCCACAUGCUCAUUUCCUUAUUAUACUUGCUGAUGAACACAAAUUAUUGACUCCUGAAUCUUAUGAUAAAUUUGUCUGCGCAGAAUGGCCUGAUUCUAAAAAAGAUCGCGAUCUAUAUUCACUUGUUAUUAAACAUAUAAUGCAUGGUACUUGUGGAAAGUUAAAUCCUACAAAUAUUUACAUGAAAAAUAAUAAUUGCAAAUUCAAGUAUCCAAAACAUUUUGCUGAACAAACAUCAAAAGGGAAGAAUUCAUAUCCAAUAUACAGAAGGAAAAGAACCGAAGAAGCUGUAGAAAUAAGAGGUAAGUUUCUGAAUAAUUCUUGGGUAGUUCCAUAUAAUCCAUUUUUGCUAUGCAAGUAUAAUUGUUAUAUGAAUGUUGAAGUUUGUUCUGAUAUCAAGGUAGUGAAAUAUAUUUACAAAUAUAUCUGCAAAAGACACGAUAAAAUUGCAUUUCAUAUACAUGAUAGUGAUACAGAUUCAGACAUAGAUGAAAUAAAAGAAUAUCAAUAUGCUAGAUGGGUUUCACCUCCAGAGGCUGCGUGGCGAUUAUUUAGUUUCCCCACAAGUGAAAUGACUCUAAGUGUUUUUCACCUUCAGUUACAUUUGGAAGGACAACAAUUUGUCUCUUUUAAAAGUAUUGAGAAUGUUGAUAGAAUACUGAGUAAUCCAAUGAUUCGAAAAACAAUGUUAACUGAAUUCUUUGUUAUGAACAACACAAAUAAAGAUGCUAUGCAACCGUUAUUAUUAUAUAAAGAAUUUCUUGAGUACUUUGUAUGGUCACCUAGGGAAAAAACGUGGACACGUCGAAAACAACGUACUGUAGUUGGACGUGUUGUAACAUAUCAUCCAACAGAAGGAGAAAGAUAUUGUCUUAGAUUAUUGUUGAUGAAUGUUAGAGGACCAAAAUCAUAUCAGGACUUAUGUAUAGUUGACGGCAAAUGUUGUAGUACAUUUAGAGGGCUGCAGAAAAAAGAGGAUUGUUACAUUGUGAUAACAACUUGGUUGAAUGUAUGUCUGAAGCUACAAAUUAUCAAAUGCCAUAUAGUUUAAGGCGUUUGUUUGCAACAUUAUUGGUAUAUUGUAAUCCUGUUAAUCCAAUAGAACUUUGGAAACAAUUUGAAGAUUCAAUGUCCGAAGAUUUUAAGAUUCUAUCUAACAUGAAUGCUAAAGAUAUUCGUUUUAUGGCUUUAAAUCAUAUCAAUGAUAUUUUGCAUUUGAUGGGACGUGAUAUUAAUGAAUAUAAUAUGAUUCAUGAGAAGAGUAAACCUUCAGCUGUUGUUAGAGAAACCAAUGACUGUCAGUUUGAAAGAAACAUCAUUGUUAGAGAAGAAGAUUUGCUUCUAGAGAGAAAAUUAAAUACCGAACAGCGAAAAGCGUAUGACACUAUUCUUAAUAGAAUAUUUUCUAACAAAUCAGUAGCAUUUUUCGUUGACGGACCUGAAGGACCUGGAAAAACUUUUCUAUACCGUGCUUUAUUAGCUGCUAUACGAUCAAAAGGUUUUGUCGCUUUAGCAACAACAAGUUCAGGUGUUGCGGCUUCGAUCCUCCCAGAAGGACGAACUGCUCACUACCGUUUUAAAUUUUUUAUUGAUAUCGAUGAACAAUAUUCUUGUAACAUUAGUAAGCAAAGCACACUUGCAACUUUAAUACGUGAUGCAAAACUGAUUGUCUGGGAUGAAGUAUCUAUGACAAAAGAGAAAGUGAUAGAAACUUUUGAUAUUCUCUUGAAGGAUCUAAUGGAUACGAAUGCUCUAUUUGGAGGAAAAGUGGUCGUUUUCGAUGGUCAUUUUAGACAAACUCUCUCGGUUGUUAGGAGUGGAAAAAAAGAAGAUUUUAUUCAAGAAAGCUUAUUAUAUUCUGAAAUUUGGAAUCAACUUGAAAAAUUACGAUUGUCAGAGAAUAUGUGUGCAAAGACAGAUCCUACCUUUUGUGAGUAUUUGAUGAGAAUAGGAAAUGGACAAGAAAAAACAUAUAGCUAUGACAAAAUUGAAAUCCCUGAUUGUUUUGUUAUCCCUUUCAUUUUUGAAAAUCAAUCAUUAGAUCUGUUGUUUAGAGUUACUUAUAUAGAUCUGCAUAGGUGUUUUUCUGAUGCAUCUUCUAUGACUUCGCGUGUAAUUCUGACAACCAAAAAUGACUUUUUUAAUGAAAUAAAUGAUUUGCUCAUAUCUCAAUUUCCUGGCGAUCCUAAAACAUAUGUUGCAUUUGAUGAGACUAUUGAAACAAACGAUCAAAGUCAAUAUGAAGAUUUUUUGCAUACUUUAUAUCCUGCUAGUUUACCUCCCCAUAUAUUAACCUUGAAAAGGAAUUGUCCUAUUAUGUUGUUAUGAAAUUUAAAUUUGUGUGAAGGUUUAUGCUAUGGUACACGGCUUAUAUCUUGUGAUCUUCAAAAACAUGUUAUAAGUGCUAAAAUUGCUACUGGGGACUUUAAGAAUAUGCAUGUAUUUAUUCCCAGAAUACCAUUAUUAUCAUCAGCAGAUGAAAAAUUGCCUAUUCCUUUUAAAAGAACACAAUUUCCUUUGAGAUUAUGUUUUGCUAUGACAAUAAAUAAAGCUCAAGGUCAAACAUUGGACUUCGUGGUAGUUUAUUUACGUGAAUCUGUUUUUUCACAUGGUCAACUCUAUGUAGCACUAUCAAGAGCAAAAAGUUCCAAUUGUGUAAAACUAUUAAUUCGUCUACCUACAGUAGAUAGCGAUGAUGAUCAUUCAACCUACAGUAUAGUGUAUGAUAAAAUUAUUCAAAAAGCUUUUGCAUAAAUAGUUUCACAUGAUGGACCCAACUUCUGUUGUUGCAAUGCGCUCACAUAAUUCAUGGCAGGUUGGCUUGAGGUUUGGAAUAGUCUGUUGCUACAAAGUUGCUGUCCCGGUUGAUGCUAUCAAAUGAUCUUUUUUAAGCUUGCUUUACAAGUUUUUCAAGAACUUUCAAGUCUAACACUGACAAAGGUAAGUCAUCUCUAAACACCAGAACGUCUACUCUCUCUUGUUCCUAACUUCAGUAAAUUUUCCUUCUGUGAUCGUUAAUUUCUGGUGCGUGUUCUGCUUCUCAUCUUCUGCUUUUGUAUCAUCUCUAGGUAUUUAUGUUUUCUCUUUAGGAGUAAGAGCUUUUGUGGACUGAUCGUAUAGCAACUCUUGUUUUCUCUUUAUCUACUAUAUGAGAAGUGGCAAAUCGACUGAAGCAUAAUUUCUGCUAUUCAGAAAUAGAUGUCAUAGUAAUUCAUAGUUACCCGCAUUGGGGAUCGCCGAUUCAGAUUUUGCUUUCUCCUUUUACUUUAUUUUUCGGCAAAAUUCAAAGAGUUGGAUUUGUGAAAUCUCAAAGUAAAAAAACUAAUUGAGGGUUGCAACGUUUGCCGGUUUAAAGAGGUCCUUUUUUGGGUAUUUUGAUUAAUUUUUGCCGCUGCUUUCUCUGAGGAACAAAGCAUUUGUUAACUCAGGGUUGCACUGUAUGCUGGUUUCACGAAAUACAUAUUUGUUUUUCUUUUUAUGACCGAUGGUAAAUUUGUUUCGGAUAAACCGUAAUAGUUUGAUUGGGGAAAAGCUUUGAAUUUAGACACUAAAUUUGAAAAACUUCGAUCUUAAAAAUUUGUUGUAAACCUUUUUGAAGUCGAGGGAAUUUUGUGAUCCUGGCCUUUGAUUCCAUGGUAUCGAAAAGAGAAAAGGAAAGUAUAAUCCGAUAUUGUGCUAUAUAAUAUUUCCUUUUUUCCUUUGCAUAAAGUUAGACCAUAAAUAGGUAAACUUUAUUUGAAUUUUAAAAUUAUAGCUGAUUUACUGUUCUCCGUUAAAGUUCGUUAAAGCUGAGUUCUGCUUGCUUAAUGCUUUUUCCCUGCAGAACCUUGAGCUUCUCGCAAUAUAUUGCUCAAUAUCUGCGCUGUAUACUAUAGUUAUUAGUCAAUAUUUAGUUAAGUUGUAAAGCAGAAAAUAUAGUCAAGAGAAGAUUUUUGAUUUCCUUUUCCUUAAACAUGUAUACUAAGUUGGCUGAGUGUUUGUAUUUUGUCGGAGCUCAAUUUUUAGGCAUUUGCUUGCCUCCAUUGCAUGCUAAUGUAAAGUCUCUUUCAGAAUGGAUAGAAAUUAGACUGUGUUGUACUUUGUUCUGAUUGAUCUUUAUGAUGUUAGUAGACUCAACUUCAAUGGUUUAUAGCCAACUCAUGAAUGUUGUCCUCUGUGAAAGGGGUUGGAUGCGUCUUGAUUUUUUGUAUAGGAUCUGCUCACUGAUAACAAAGCAGAGUUUGAUUGUUAUUCAAAUGACCGAGAAGAUAGCAUGAGGGUCAACCUGCUGGUACACAUAUCUCUUUAUGUACUCUUAUGACGCAGGCAAUCAAAACAUCUAGAGGAGAAAGUGUUUCUUGGACUACCUCCCAGAUAAAAGCUUAUUUUGGUUUAUCAGGCGGGUAAGCGACCAAUUUCGUAGCUUUGUUAUCUAUGUCAUUAUUUUUGAUUCAGAUAUCAGUUGGAUUCCACGAGAUUGAAAUCAGAUAAAAGGAAUUGAAACAUUCUUUUCCUUUUCCUUGCACUAAACUUUUGCUGCUUUCGUUAUACCAUAUUGGUAUAGCAUUCUUUUGCUGCAACUACUCAAGCAAAGAAUUCCUUGCUUGCAUUCUCUGUGUUAUUUUCUGUCAGUAUAAUCAAAUUACUAUACUGUCAGGCUUAUAUCUGCUUGUUGUUAUUGUUUUCGGGUUAUACAUAUACCCUAUGCCACUGGAAAAUGGGGAUAAUUAAGCACCAGAGAGUAUUUCAGACAGGAUGGGUUCCUUGACUUUCUACUUUUGGGUUUAUGUAUUUCAUAAUAAUUAUUGCAACCUCCAAAUGGAUUCUCCUUAAUCAGAUCACUUCCACAAUUUGUACAGUUUUAUUCAAAUGAAUACUAGUUUGUAUAAUAAUUGAAAGAUAUAAGAAGGAUAAUGUGGCACUCUCUGAAGCUAGCAAAAGUACUAUCUUUUUUCGUUUU